AUGGGUUUAAACGAAACAGAGCUCUUUGGCCAAGAUGUCACAAGAGACAAUGCAACCACCGUCGAUGUUAAAAACAGGCAAGACUCCUCAGAUGAAUCAGCCUGGUCUGAUACAGAGUCCUGGGACCCUCUCAAGCUCUCUUCUAUGAGAAAACUGCACAUUGUCAUCGCUGGCUUCACCUGCACUUUCAAUGGCAAUUUUGGUUCCUCUAUGCCCUCGGGCGCUCUUGAUAUCAUCGCAGAGCAAUUCAACGUCACAGAUCCCGUCUAUCUCAUCCUCCUCAAUUCUUUGUACAUGGUCGGAUAUGUCCUUGGUCCUCUACUAUUUGGACCCUUAAGCGAAUACAUCGGUCGACGCCCUGUCCUGAUCGGCACAUAUCUGGGUUAUAUCCUAUUCACGUUCCUCGCUUCUGUAUCGCCAAAUUAUGCGGCCCUGUUGGUCUUUCGAUUGCUAUGUGGAAUCAAUGCUGCCGCUCCUACGACUGUUAUCGGUGGUCUGUACGCAGAUAUCCUUGACAACCCUUCUGUUCGAGGCAACGCCAUGGCUCUUUACAUGACCGUCACCACAAUCGGUCCCUUGAUUGGUCCCAUUGUCUCCGGCUUCUCAUCUCCAAUCUCGUGGCGUUGGCCCUUCUGGAUUGCUGGCAUGAUGGCAGUUGCAGGUCUUCCUCUAAUCCUCACCAUCCCUGAGACGUACGCACCUGUUCUGCACAACAAGAUGGUCAAGGCGCAUAUCAAGAGAAGACAGAAGGAGAAAAAGAAGAACAGGGUCGAGAAUAGCGAUGAAGAACCCCUCGAGCUGAAGCCUUUCAACGUUCGAAAGAUCUUCUUCCGACCUAUGAAGUUGCUCUUCACUGAGCCUAUUCUUGCGUCUACUUCUAUCUAUCUCACCUUGGCGUACUCGGUCUUCUAUCUCAUGUUCCAGGCAUAUCCUCGCGUGUUUCAAGGCUUCUAUGGUCUAUCCCCUGGAAUGGCGGGUCUGGCAUAUAUCCCUUUCUGCAUCGGUGUCGUCCUUUCUCUGGGUGUUUUCGCCAUCUAUACACGAUACCAUGAUAAGCAAACCGCUGCCGGGGCUGAGUGGACAAAGAAUCACAUCUACCGUCGCCUUCCUCUAGCCUGCAUAGCAUCUCCUUGCAUGGUCAUCUCCCUCUUCUGGCUCGGCUGGACCGUCUGGCCUUCACUGUCUCCCAUCAUUCCUUCUCUUGGUGGCAUCUUCUUCGGUCUCGGCUUCCAGCUUCUCUUCAUGGGAAUGACAAACUAUCUCACCGACGUCUUCCGAAGCCACUCCGCCUCUGCUCUCGGCGCAGCCGCUAUGCUUCGUUCCAUCGGUGCUACCACCCUGCCCCUUGCUGCUGACAGCAUGUAUACCAACCUGGGAAUACACUGGGCGCCUUCAGUCCUUGCAUUUGUUGCUCUGGCCAUGGGCGUCAUCCCCUUUGUCUUUAUCAGAUAUGGUGAUCGUCUGGCCCGCAGCAGCAAGACUGCUCGGGAGGCAUUUGCCAUCCAGAAUUGA